AUGUUCACUCAGUUCGCCGCCCUCGCGGCCUUUGUCGGCUUCGCCGCCGCCCAGCAAGUUGGCAAAGAGACGACCGAAACCCAUCCCAAGAUGACAUGGCAAAAGUGUACCGCCGGUGGCUCGUGCAGCAACGUGAACGGCGAGGUCACCAUCGACGCCAACUGGCGCUGGGUGCACGACAAGAACGGCUACACCAACUGCUACAAUGGCAACGCAUGGAACACGACGAUUUGCAAGGACGGCAAGUCGUGUGCGUCCAACUGCGCUAUUGAUGGCGCUUCGUACGCGUCGACGUAUGGUGCUUCGACCAGCGGUAAUGCGCUGACGUUGAAGUUUGUACAAAAGGGGGAUUACUCCACCAACAUUGGUUCUCGUCUGUACAUGAUGAACGGCGCCAGCAAGUAUCAGAUGUACACUCUUCUCGGCAACGAGUUCACAUUUGACGUGGACGUCUCCAAGCUUGGCUGCGGUCUCAACGGUGCCUUGUACUUCGUCUCCAUGGACGAGGACGGUGGUCUGUCCAAGUACUCCGGCAACAAGGCCGGCGCCAAAUACGGCACCGGAUAUUGCGAUGCCCAAUGCCCGCGCGACUUGAAGUUCAUCAAUGGCGAGGCCAACGUAGGCGAAUGGAAGGAGUCCACCAACGAUCCCAACGCCGGCGUGGGCAAGUACGGCUCUUGCUGCACUGAGAUGGAUAUCUGGGAAGCAAACUCAAUCUCCACAGCCUUCACCCCCCACCCCUGCACCACCACCGGCCAACAUCGAUGCGAAGGUGACGCCUGCGGCGGCACUUACUCGGACGACCGCUACUCCGGCACCUGCGACCCGGACGGGUGCGACUUCAACUCCUACCGGCAAGGCGUGCGCGACUUCUACGGGCCCGGCAUGACCGUAGACACUACGAAAAAAUUCACCGUCGUAACCCAGUUCAUCAAGGGCUCUUCGGGCGAGCUCUCCGAAAUCAAGCGCUUCUACGUGCAAAACGGCAAGGUGAUCGCCAACAGCGAGUCCACCAUCGACGGCAACCCGGGCAACUCGCUCACGCCGGACUUCUGCGAGAAGCAAAAGGUGGCGUUCAGCGACGCGGACAUUUUCGCCAACAAGGGCGGGUUCGCGCAGUUCAGCGCGGCGAUUGCCAAGCCUAUGGUUUUGGUCAUGAGCCUGUGGGAUGAUCACUAUGCGAACAUGUUGUGGUUAGAUUCGACUUUCCCGGUCGAUGCGGACCCGGAGGCGCCGGGCAAGGGCAGGGGAAGCUGUGAGACUAGCUCGGGGGUGCCGGCGGAGAUUGAGAGUGCGCAGGCUAAUAAUCAGGUUGUUUAUUCGAACAUCAAGUUCGGUUCUAUCGGUUCGACUUUUAAACAACCUUGA